CCGCCUCAGUGGCUGAAACAUUCACGAACGGCACAGUCGGGUCGGUCGCUACGGAGUUCGGUCCAAAAAUUUCAUUCUAACUCCUCUUCGCGGGGGGGGCUUAGACAAUUAACGGUGUCUUUUGCUGGAAACGAUUUAUGCAAAUCAAAGAGAUAUCAAUAACAAUUUGGCUCCAUAAAUAUUGCCCGUUUUGACUAUAAAAAUCCACCAUAAAGCAGGCAACUGUGAGCUAAAAACUAUUUUCCACUAUAAGCUGGACAAAAGCGAGAACAAAUCUGCGCACAAAAGAUAUGCUAACCAUGUGAAAUACAUUAUAAAAAAUAAAAUAUAAUUCAAACUGAAUUUGAUAAACUCUGGCAUCCUACGGACCCCGCAAAACAGAGAGAAAAAGUACCGACAAUUCCUACAUAAUAAAUCACAUAAAAUUAUGCUAAAAUGGAGCUGAUAAAAAAGUACAAACAGGGAAAACUCACAACUGGCGAUAUCCGCAAUCUGAACCACACCGUGAUAUGUCUCAUGGUACUCAUUGCAAUAUUCUCCAUAAUAUGGAGCAUUUCGUUGCACAUGAUAUCCGGGGAUCUGUACGAGGGAAUAGUCAGUGCCAAACUCAUCUUCCGUGAGCGAAACUUUGAUCAAAUGGAUAACCGCAGCAAGGAGAUCCUGCAUCGGGACUACAUCAAGGCCACCCAGCAGGCCUAUGGGUCUAAAUAUUCCGUCCAGGAUGUCGCACCUGAAUCGCUGCAGAGCGAUAGCCAAACCACAAAGCCAACCUUCAAGAUACCACAUAUCUACGAGUCGAGGGAGAACCGGCCACGGCUGGAGCGUCUGAUAGCUGACAAUAAGGAGACGCAGGCAUUGACCACAACGCAGGCGCCGACUCCAAAGAUUGUCUUCAAUGCGGAGGCGGAUCGCCAGUUCCUGGCCAGCAUGGCCCUCGAUGCACAUGCCACGUUUUGGAAUCCAGGGAUUGGCGCACAAUUUGUCUAUGCAUUUCCUCUUAUUUCGGAGAUUGUGGCCAUCAUCUGGACAGCCAUGUGUCUCAUCUACCAGACGGGCAGCAAGAAGAGUUCAGUUCUGCCCAAACCCUGGCGCAUUGUGGUGCCCUCGAUCAUCAUUUUCUCCGUUAUGAGCCUUGGCAGCGUCCUCUAUACCAUCGUAACAAAUGGACACCUGAAGCAAUUGUGCGGACAACUGCGCGAGAAUCUCACCGAUCCCGUUGCCAUCAGCUGCGGAGAUGCCAUCGCCCUGCUGCGGCCCAUCGUGCACGAGCACAAUGUCUCCCACGACACGUAUCUGCAGCUCUUCCGUUGCAGCUAUGUGAUUGGGAUGGUGCUGUGGCUCAUGGCCCUGCUGGUGAUGGUGCUGCGGUUCGUCUUCGCCGUCGACUUUCAGCUGGUCGACAUCGAUGAGAUGUUUGAGCAUCGGCCGAGCACAGAUUUCCAGACGCCCAUUCAGCCCGUCUACAGGGCGGUGGUGCAGCAGAGCAGUCCGCAGCACCAGACACAGAUGAGGCCCAGAUCCGAGGAGGACUAUCAGAGUGCCAGGUCGCACUUGAGCGAUGUGGCGCUGCCGCUACUGGAUGGGCAGCCGCAAGCCUCGCAACGGGUCACCAGUUUGGCCUAAAGACGUCGCAAAACGAUUGGCAAUCUCAGGUUUAUAUUUAUUUUUAUACCAAGUCUUAGAAAAGAGCGGAAGAGUGUGCGUAAGCAUCUCUUUUACUCUAACGUUAGUGUAAGUUUUAGCGUUCUUUAGUGAAUAGUUUCCUGAUAUUUUCAAUGUUUUUAAAGCUAAGCAAACUCGUGCCUCGAAGUCAGAAUUAACUUAUACUCGUAGUUUAGAAAAUGUCGCUUACCUAAAGAGAAACGGGAAUUAAUUGGAGGAGUUCCACGGCUCUUGAUAUAACGAAAUGUUGGCAUACUUUUAGGCAUUGAAAAGUCCGAGAUAUACAGAGAUGUAUGUAUGUAUUUAUUAUGCACAUUCGAAUCUAUCUAAUACCCUUUAGAGACCUUUAUUUAAAUUGAAAAAUUUCCAGCAAUCUGCAAAAGCUAAGCGACAUUCGCUGGUCGGUCGAUCGACCAUAAUCCUUCAGAACAAACUGUAAACCAACUGUUUUUUGUUUUUUUUUGUUUUAAUUAAAAUGCAAUAAUAUUUCUAACCGU